CCGCCAAUUCAACAACACAUCAAUUCAAGAAAAGUCGAGCUAGGCUUUGCGCUCGUCGACGUAGCCAAGCUUUUUGAGUCCACGAGGAGAGGCGGCAGGUCAAGCGAGCAAGAAGCUUUGGAUCGGAGGUCAGCAGCGGGGCGCAUGGCCAUGGAGGUCCAGGGCUCCAGGCGGCACCAGGACGCCGGCGUGAAGGUCAAGUUCAUCGAGACGCAGUUCAUCAGCUCCGACGCCGCCAGCUUCAAGGCCGUCGUGCAGCGCCUCACCGGCAAGUCCCCCGCCGCCUCGUCGAGGCCGGCCCAGGCGGUACUGGCGCCGCAGCCGCAGAGGCCGCGCCCGUGCCGGCCGGCCUUCGCUGGCGCGGGGCAGCACCAUCAGGCCGCCAGGUGGCCGGAGCAGCACCAAGCUGGCGCCUACCUGGUCGCGCCGGCGCCGAAGCAGGCGCCGCUCGCGGCGGCGCCGAGCCUGGAGGAGAUGCAAGAGCUCUGCGACUUCGCCGACCUGUUCUACACCACCAGCGGCGCCACGGGCGCGCGGCGCGACAUUGCCGGCAGCGCCUUCCCUUACUGAAUUUGUUUUUCCGAGCACCAAUGCUUGUAGUUUGCCUUUGCAAAUUCGCAGUGUGUUGAGCACAUUAAUGGUCGUCGAGGAGCUAGAUGCGACGAGAGAUGGUCAUAGUCAUGUAGUAGUUCCACACGCACAGUACUGGAAUUGACGAGGGGCCUGAAAGUAUAGUGAAAUGCUGCAGCCUAGAAUUUGUAACGUGCAAACGACAGAUCAUGUUGCAAUAUACGUCGAAUUUUUCUCAUA